AUGUUUGACGUGGCUUUAAGUAGUGCUGGAGUAACUAUUGCAUCAUUUGACGAAAAUCAUCCACCAGAAAAUAUCAUUGAUGGGAAAGUAUUUUACGUUCAGUGAAGAUCUUGGAAAUCAUUCUAAGUUUCCAACGAGCAGAGAUUUCGAUGAGGACAAUUAAGAUAAUUCAAGACCACCUUCAAUUUAUCUGAAACCCAUUGGUACUACGCUUUGUGGAAUUACUUAACUGAUAGACCAAGACAUGAUUAUUCUACUAUCGUGAACAUUAUCACGGUAGUAGUUGUCAUGGUAACACUGAUAGCUGGCCACGGAAUGUUCAUGAUCUGUUUAACAAUUGGUUCACACAUCAGCGUGCGUUCGUCGAGAUAUGAAGCACGCAGGAAGUUUGGAGAGCACGAAAGAUGCGUAAGAGUUGCUCGAGGCGUAGCCAAGAGUAACUCUUGCUUCUUGAGUGCUCUCCAAACUUCCCGAGUGCUUCAUAUCUCAAUGAACGUACAGCUGACGUAUGAACCAAUUGUUUUAUAACGUUUUCAACCCAAGGCAAAAUUUUUUUCUCGAGGGAUUUGUUUGCUUACGUCAUGAGCGUGCACAAUAGGAAUAUAAAGCACGCUCACACAAUUGAAUUUGAUUAGACAAAUUUACUAGCUAUGUUAUAAUUAUUCUUGAAGACUAAGAUUUAAGAAAAGAAAGUUAUAAGGAGUGAUGCAACAUUUGUUGGUGCUUGCUUUUAUCUUUACCUGGUAAUGCCACAGAAAAGUUGAAAAUAAAUUACAUUAGCACCCUGCAAACUCGAACUCAGAAAAUGGAUUUAGUCAGGUGAUAGUUAAUGACAGGAAAAUUGGGGUCAAAUCCAGGGAAAAUUGGAUCUUCUUUGAGUUAGCAAUAGGUUUGAGUAACUUGGUUUCAAGUUAGCAGGGUUCUACUUUAUUAUAGUAUGUUUCAGUAAUAAAUAAAUGAAAAACUCCAAGGCAAGGCAAGGCAUGAGCAUGAGCCUUCAAUCAGUUUAUGGCUGAAAGGCUUGUUUAGAAUCAACUUAAGUUCCCAUCUAGAAGUCUUAUGGCCAAAGUGAGAGGUCAUGCAAAGAGUCUUUGUAUUUCUGUGAGUCUCAAAUUUUACCAUCUGCGACUCCUACGGCUGCAUCCUGAUCAGCCAAACCAGAAUUUGUUGUCUUUUAUUUUGCUCCACAGAAGUCUUGAUACUUUCUGCCCAACAACUGGAAUGUUUCCUCAAGAAUUCAUCAUCACUUUCAGUGCAUUAAUGAGCAUUGGAAAUGUUAAAUUCCUAUCUUCAAAUGGUGAGGAUGAUGGUGGAUGAUCUUGAAAUGAUGUUUAGUGUAAUGUAACAGGGGCAUUAUCAAUUCAGUGAUUUUUUAGUUUUUCUUUUUUCAUAACAAAAAAUAACUCUAUGUAAGUGAGUAGAGGGGUAUGUUGCUUGCGCCAAUCAGAUCCCUGCAUUAGGGUAUGUAUCUUGAUCGCCGCAUAAGGGUAUGUAUCUCUGUAUCUCACAUUAAUCAGAUUGCAGCAUUGGGGUAUGUAUCUUACACCAAUCAUAUCACAGCAUUUGGAUAUCUUGUACCAAUCAUGGCUUUUUUGCAAACAAUGUCUUGGAAUUGGGGGGCUGUGCACAAAGCAUGACGUUAACCAAAAAUUCUGGGCUCAUUUGAUAAGUGCAAUGGUUUGUGGCCUUUGUUAGAUCCUCAUUGAAAGGUAGAGAUUUCUCAGGAUAUGAAAGGUUUCCAUUUAACUUUUUGCAUCAUUUUUAAGUUAAAACAUGUUUUUCCACUCCUUUACUUAUAAUGCACUUGCCAAACACAUACCAUGAAAACAAUGUCCAAAGUCCAAUCUGAACAUGCUCGAUCAUUGCACUACAUGAACAUUAGGCAAUGUUUCAUGUGCUUGAAUUGUACUCCACCAAUCAAAUUCCAUUUUGCCAGACAAGACUUUGCUCCAUCACAUGUCAUUUCCUUGUAAACAACCUGCAUUUUAUUGCAUAUUGUAACCACAUUGUCUAACCCCACUGAAAAAAUUCACAUGGAACAAAAUGCUCCUGAUAGUGAAUUUUCUAUGCAACUCUCCUGCAUUUUUACUUUUUCUUUAAAAAAAAACUCUGCUUUAAGCUACCUUGGACUUAACCCAAGUGCAUGUUAAUUCUUUGUAAACAACCUGCAUUUUAUCAUGCAUUCCACGCACAGAGGGCAAAGUCCAGUAACGCAACAACAAAUCAAGGAGCCCCCCUUUGAAAUGUUAUCCUUUUUUCUUGGUCAAGGUAUCUUCAAUCAUUUGAGAUCAAAAUAUAUCUUUGGUUGGGAUAUAUUGGAGAUACAACAGAGUUUCAGUUUGCUUUUCACAGUAAACUUAAGUAGAAUUAUAUUUUUGAGAUAACAGACUGCAAACGAAUAAUUUUGAUUUUCUCUCUGAUAAAGGAACAGCAGGAAGCAUAGUCCCUUUUGCAACUGUUAUUUGGUCUUGUCAUGCAAACUGCUCUCUCUUCAAUGAGAAAUAGAUGGUGUUGUGUAACAACACCAAACAAUGGGUGUGAAGGAGACAGCAAUAAAUGUGGCACCGCUGCAUUCUAUUUUUGUCUCAAAGCAUUUAGACCAUGGAAACAAUAGACCAAAAACUACUUGUGUGAGUUCAGGUAAAUUUUUUUCUUUCUCUUAUGGUGGAGUUAUGCAAUAUUUUAUUUCUUUUGAAAGUUAUGUUCUUUUCCUGUUAUAAAAAGGAAAACAUUAGCUACACAAAGUAUCCCAUGUCAACCUACCCCACCAAAAAAAUAACUCUUGCAUGCUAUGUAUGCCUAUGUCUUAUUACAGGAGCUGCAUCACUGUUUUUGUGCCACACUAUGAAAACUUUAAAUAUACAUUUUUUUAUUGUCAGUGAUGUAAAAAGUUGAGAAACGUCUUUGUGAGGAGUCAGGUGUGAGUUACCAGCUCAUUAGAAACCAGGAGCUUCAAGGUUUUGUAGCAUAUGUGAAUUUUUUUUUGCAGUUAAAAGCCUCUGCAUUGAGAAAAGCACAAAAACGUAA